GUCAGCUUCCUUAUUGCUUCAACAUUCCAACUCUCUGCAACCCCACACCUAUGCAUAUAUUAUCUGUAUAUAAUUCUCAAUUAUUCCAAAAAAUUUCUCCAGUUCCCCAUUUUACCCUCACCCUUUUCUUUCUCAAUCCUUUAGUUACUUCUGUCCGUCUUCUUGGUCUCCUUAUAUAUAUAUUUGCAAAAGCAAACAAUAUAAAAAUCAUCCUCAUCUUCCUCUGUCUAUCUGUACAAACACCUGCAAAAGUUUAUAACUUUGGCAUUAUCUUUCUUCCGCCAUAAUAGAAAAAGUGAAAUGCCUGGGCUACUUAUGGAUACAUAUAAUGGGGACAAUGGAGUGGAAGAACCGAAUGGGGAAUACACACCUCGAAAGGAAAGCUGUACACUGCAAGGCUCACCAAGAACUCCAUUGAGUCCUGGAACACCACAAAGUGACUCCAUUGAUCUGGCCAUAGAUGGGGUCAUUGACACUUCUAUUGAGCAGCUCUAUCACAAUGUCUGUGAGAUGCAGAGCUCUGAUCAAUCACCAUCAAGGGCUAGUUUCUUUUCGUACGGUGAGGAAUCGAGAAUCGAUUCAGAAUUACGCCAUCUUGUUGGAGACAUUGAGGAUGUGGAGAUUACAAAAGAAGUUGUCAUGGAAAAAAAAGAGGGAAGCAAUGUUGGUGGCUCAACUCCUGACAAAGUAAUUGGUUCUGCUGCUAGAAUGUCUGCAAGAAAGGCCAAGAACCAAUCUGCAAGUGACGAGAAGCUUCUGCAUUUGCCAGCGGAUUCUGAAGCAUCAGCUAAAUCAAUCCCCAAGAGCAAAUCUCCCCAUGAGAGACCUCCAGUAGCUAAUAAGAGACAUGAGAGAAAUGCAAGAAGAACAAAUGCAGUUGUUCGGAUGAACAAGCAGAGAAUUUUCGGUUUGCGCGGAGCAAAAUUUCAGAAUGGGAUGGAUAGUCUCAUGGAAGAUGAUGGACUUGAUAACCCAGACCUUGGACCAUUCCUACUAAAACAAACAAGGGAUAUGAUCUCCUCAGGUGAAAAUCCACAGAAAGCACUUGAAUUUGCUCUCAGGGCAAUGAAAUCGUUCGAGAAAUGUUCAGAUGGGAAACCCGGUUUGGAGAUGGUCAUGUGCUUGCAUGUAUUGGCUGCAAUACACUGCAAGUUGCGCCAAUAUGAUCAAGCAAUUCCGCUUCUCGAACGCUCGAUCGCUAUUCCAGUGAUAGAGGACGGCCAAGAGCAUGCACUGGCCAAGUUUGCAGGGUGCAUGCAAUUAGGUGAUACGUAUGCUAUGAUGGGUCAAAUUGAGAAUUCAAUACUGUUUUAUACAGCAGGUCUGGAAAUCCAGAGGCAAGUAUUGGGAGAAACAGAUCCUAGAUUCGGCGAGACAUGUCGGUAUGUAGCUGAGGCCAAUGUUCAAGCACUGCAGUUUGAUGAGGCUGAGAAGCUUUGUCAGAUGGCUCUUGACAUCCACAAGGAAAAUGCUUCCCCUGCUUCUCUUGAAGAAGCAGCAGAUAGGAGGCUCAUGGGACUUAUCUGUGACUCGAAAGGAGACCAUGAAGCUGCUCUUGAGCAUUAUGUUUUAGCAAGCAUGGCUAUGGCUGCCAAUGGCCAAGAAAUCGAUGUGGCUUCCAUUGAUUGCGGCAUCGGAGAUGCGUAUCUAUCUUUGGCUCGCUAUGAUGAGGCAAUUUUCUCCUAUCAGAAAGCUCUCACUGUGUAUAAGUCCAGAAAAGGAGAAAGUCAUCCUGCUGUGGCCUCAGUUUUUGUCCGUUUAGCUGAAUUGUACAACAAGAUAGGGAAGUUCAGAGAAUCCAAAUCAUACUGCGAAAAUGCGCUUCGAAUCUAUACCAAGCCUAAUCAUGGAAUUCCAUCAGAGGAGAUUGCCAGUGGCUUGAUUGAUGUUUCUGCUAUCUACCAAUCCAUGAAUGAAUUAGAACAAGCUCUCAAGUUGCUCAAGAAAGCUUUGAAAAUAUUUGGUGAUGCACCAGGUCAACACAACACAAUUGCAGGAAUUCAAGCCCAGAUGGCUGUGAUGUAUUAUAUGAUAGGAAAGUAUUCAGAAUCUUACAACAUCUUCAAAAGUGCAAUAUCGAAGUUCAGGGCCAGUGGAGAGAAGAAAACUGCCUUGUUUGGGAUUGCUCUAAACCAAAUGGGACUUGCUUGUGUGCAAUGUUACUCCAUAAAUGAAGCUGCAGACCUCUUUGAAGAAUCCAGGACUAUAUUGGAAAAGGAAUAUGGACCAUAUCAUCCUGAUACAUUGGGGGUCUAUAGUAAUUUGGCUGGAACAUAUGAUGCAAUGGGAAGGUUGGAUGAUGCCAUUGAAAUUUUAGAAUAUGUUGUUGGCAUGAGAGAAGAGAAACUAGGGACAGCAAAUCCGGAUGUGGACGACGAGAAGAGGAGGUUGGCAGAGUUGUUGAAAGAGGCAGGCAGAGUUCGAAACAGGAAACCCAGAUCACUAGAAACUCUUCUUGACGCCAACACCCAAAUUACACAAGGUGACACUAUUGAGGUAAUAUAAUGCCGGUGUUGUACAUAGAGAGGUUUCGUGUGUAUUAUAUGUCAAUUUAGGACUUGAUUUGUGUUUUGUCAAAUUGUUGUUGGCCAAUGUGCAAAAGAAAAAAAAAAUGGAAUAGAAAAAAUAAGUGAAUGAUAUUGACAAGCAGAGAAGGAGAUUCUGUUUACCGAAUUUGUUAAAUUCUUAUAUCAAAAGGUGUCAAGAAAAAAAAAAUUACAUUUUUUGCUUAAUUGUUUUUUUAAGGUAUGAUGAAGUUCCUCUAUCACAUUCUUCUCUGUAUGUCUCAAUCUCAAUAAAGAAUUGUUGGAAUAUCAUUUUCUUUU